ACUGAUUGGUGGGUAAAAUAGAUUUCAAUGUAUUAUUAAAUUUGACAUAUGACGAUAAGUUUAUAUUUGAAAUGUACGCAAUUGACGGAUGGAAAUUAUGAAAGUUGUUUGGUUUUGUGUUGUGAAAAUAGUGUCAAGAUUUAUAUAGUUACUAUUUAAUUUUUGUGUUGACAAUAUUUAUAUUUAACCGGCCAAAUUAAACUUACAUUGGUUAUAUAAUUUUAGUGCCGGGAGGGAAACUGCUUUAUCGAUUUCAAUCGCCCUAUCUCCGUCGUAAAAGUGUGGUUAUAAAAUUUCAUAAUGUUGAGCGAAAUAUAGUAAUCCUCUACGGAGCGCCGAAUAAAAAAUACACUUAUUUGCUAUGGCAUAUCGACUAUUAAAUACCAGUAGAAAGUUGGAGAAACUGUUGUGGAAAAAUCUGAAAACUUACAAUGUGGAAGUAUUGAAGAAUUCAUCGACUUUUCACACAGUAUUAAACGAAUUUAGGUUAUUUUGUGAAAAACCACCAAAAGGUUUUGAAAAGUAUUUCAAACCAGGCAAUAAACCUGUACCUAAAGAAGGCAAAGCAGCCGAAACGAAAGGAAAAGAAGCAAGAGAUGGGGGCGGUAAGGAUGCUAAAGCAGACGCGAAACAUGAAAUUCCUCCACCUAAAUCAACGUCUUCUUCCUCUGGUCAACCAGGAAAAAAACCAUAUGAUCAGUGGUCAUUUGGGCUGUUUGGUGGUACUGGAUCAAGAGGGAGUGGUGGAAAACCUUUUGGCGAGGGUGAAAAGGAAAAAUGGUAUAUUUUUGGAGCAACCGGUGCAAUAGCACUUUUAGCAACACUAGCUUUUUGGGAAAUGGGUUACAAAGAAAUUGGAUGGAAAGAAUUUGUUCACAAUUAUUUAGCUAGAGGAGUUGUAGAUAAAUUGGAAGUAGUAAAUAAAAAAUGGGUUAGGGUUAAAUUAACAGCUGGUAAUUCUGCGGAUGGAGCUAAUAUAUUAUGGUUUAAUAUUGGCAGUGUGGAUAGUUUUGAAAGAAAUUUAGAAAACGCACAGAUAGAUAUGAAUGUGGAACCACCAAAUUUUGUGCCUGUUAUUUACAAAACGGAAUUAGAAGCAGCAAGUUUAUCGGGUAUCUUACCAACUCUUCUUAUUAUUGGUUUCCUAAUUUAUAUGAUGAGAAGAUCUGCUGAAAUGAUGGGAGGACGUAAGGGAAGACGAGGUGGAGGUCUCUUUGGUGGGGUUAUGGAAAGUACUGCUAAAUUAAUUAACUCAAAUGAAAUCGGAGUGAGAUUUAGGGAUGUGGCGGGUUGUGAAGAAGCUAAAAUAGAAAUUAUGGAAUUUGUAAACUUUUUAAAGAAUCCUCAGCAAUAUAUUGACCUUGGUGCUAAAAUUCCUAAGGGUGCCAUGCUUACAGGUCCUCCUGGUACUGGUAAAACAUUACUAGCAAAAGCAACUGCAGGAGAAGCAAACGUUCCAUUUAUAACGGUAUCUGGUUCAGAGUUCUUAGAAAUGUUCGUAGGCGUAGGUCCAUCAAGAGUAAGAGAUCUGUUUUCGAUGGCUCGAAGGCACGCCCCUUGCAUUUUAUUUAUCGACGAAAUCGACGCUGUUGGUAGAAAACGCGGCGGAAGAAGCUUUGGAGGUCAUUCCGAGCAAGAAAACACUUUGAAUCAACUUUUGGUAGAAAUGGAUGGAUUUAAUACGACCACGAAUGUUGUUGUUUUAGCUGCCACAAAUCGUGUGGAUAUUCUCGAUCAAGCUCUGUUGAGACCGGGCCGUUUUGACAGGCAAAUUUUUGUACCGGCUCCAGAUAUUAAAGGGAGAGCUAGUAUUUUUAAAGUACAUUUGAAUCCACUAAAAACCGAGUUGGAUAAAACUGAAUUAGCGAGAAAAAUGGCAGCUUUAACACCUGGAUUUACGGGAGCUGACAUUGCGAAUGUAUGUAACGAAGCAGCGUUGAUCGCUGCUAGAGAUUUAAACGAUUCGAUUAAUAUGAAACAUUUCGAACAAGCAAUCGAACGAGUUGUGGCUGGUAUGGAAAAGAAAACUAAUGUGUUAUCGCCAGAAGAGAAAAGGACGGUUGCUUAUCAUGAAGCCGGACAUGCUGUUGCUGGUUGGUUUUUACAAUAUGCUGAUCCAUUAUUAAAAGUUUCAAUUAUUCCACGUGGAAAAGGUUUGGGUUACGCGCAGUAUUUACCAAAAGAUCAAUACUUGUAUACUAAGGAACAAUUAUUUGAUCGAAUGUGCAUGACAUUAGGUGGUCGUGUUUCUGAGGAGUUAUUUUUUGGUAGAAUAACAACUGGAGCUCAAGAUGAUUUGAAAAAAGUAACGCAAAGCGCUUACGCGCAGGUUGUCCAUUAUGGUAUGAAUGAUAAAAUAGGAAAUAUUAGUUUUGAUAUGCCUCGCGACGGUGAAAUGGUUUUAGAAAAACCGUAUUCAGAAAGUACGGCGCAGAUCAUAGACGUAGAAGUUAGAAAUUUAAUAGAUAGCGCGCAUAAACACACUACCAAAUUGUUAGCUAAUCAUAAGGAGGAUGUAAAAAAAGUUGCCGAGAGGUUAUUAAAACAAGAAAUUUUGAGUAGACAAGAUAUGAUAGAAUUGUUGGGAAAAAGACCUUUCCCUGAAAAGUCAACUUAUGAAGAGUUUGUUGAGGGUACUGGAUCUUUUGAGGAAGACACUUCUUUACCUGAAGGAUUAAAAGAAUGGAAUAAAGAAAGAAAUCCACCACCUCCUCCCAGUACACCACCCAGUGCAGACGAUAAUAAAGCUAAACUCUAAGGAACAUUUGUUAAUUUAAAUAUAGAAGAGACUUUUUCGUAAAAACAUUUUUAACUAUAUUUCAUUUGA